GCUCGGUGUGGGAGCGGCGAUCGGUUGCGCGCGGCGCGGCGGUUUCCUCGGUAACGGCGCGAGCGGCGGCGGUUGGUGGCGGGCCGGGCCGAGCCGAGCCGAGCCUGGGUGACAUCUUGCGGGCCGAGGUGAUCUGUGUGUUUCAGCAAAAAUUAUGGGAUUGUUUGACAAACUAGCAGGAUGGCUUGGGCUGAAGAAAAAGGAGGUUCAUGUUUUGUGCCUUGGUUUGGACAACAGUGGCAAAACAACAAUCAUAAAUAAACUUAAACCUUCAAAUGCUCAAACUCAGGACAUAGUUCCAACAAUAGGAUUCAGUAUAGAGAAAUUCAAGACGUCCAGUUUGUCUUUCACAGUGUUUGAUAUGUCAGGCCAAGGCAGGUACAGAAACCUCUGGGAACACUACUACAAAGAUGGCCAAGCCAUUAUUUUUGUCAUUGAUAGCAGUGACAAAUUAAGAAUGGUUGUGGCCAAAGAAGAACUUGACACCCUUCUGAAUCAUCCAGAUAUUAAGCACCGUCGACUGCCUAUUCUGUUCUUUGCUAACAAGAUGGACCUCAGAGAUGCAAUAUCAUCUGUGAAAGUAUCUCAGCUAUUGUCAUUAGAAAACAUCAAAGACAAACCCUGGCAUAUCUGUGCCAGUGAUGCUCUCAAAGGGGAAGGAUUACAAGAAGGUGUGGAUUGGCUUCAAGAUCAGAUCCAAGCAAUGAAGACGUGAGAGGUCAAUAAAAGAUGCCGUUGUCUUAUAAACUCUAUCAAUAGAUGUACAGGCCUCUUAGAAAGGAAGAAAGAUUUAAAGAAAACAAGUUCAGCUAAAUAUUCUGUGUUCUUUUGUUUUCUUUUAGUAUCUCUAAGUAACUGAACCUUUUAGAAAACAUAGCACCUUAGGUAUGCACAUCCAUGCAUUAAAUUGAAUCUUGUGACUGGAGAGCAUAUUAGAAAAACAAAAAAACCCACUGUUUGUUAACAGUAAGCAUCUGCAAUCAUUUGAAUUUUAGGUGAUAAUUAUGUCCUCUAAAUAUCUAAAAGUAUUCCUCUAGUUUUUUGAUACACCUUUUGAGAAAACAAGAAUAUUAAUUUUCCAGAGGGUGAGUAAUAACACCUUCUGAAAUAAGCCUGCAUGAGGUACCUAAAAAUGGCCACCUAAAAUCAGCAGGUAUUUCUGGAAUUUUUUACCAUAUACUUUGAUGUUGGAUUUUUUUAGUAAUAGUCUAAUAUAGGGUACUAGAAGAAUAUUUUGAUUGAAGAUAAAAUGAUUCAAAUAUGAAAUGUAUUUGUUAUAAAUGAUUGCAGAUGUUUUUAAAGAACUGCUUAUAAUGAAAUGUUUUCAAUUGUGUUUGUGAUGUGCCAGUUAUAUUUGCAUUCCUAUCAAUAAAACCUUAAUUUGAAAAAAAAAUGCCGUAUAUAUGAAUAUGUUCAGUGAUGGUCUUGCUAUCAUAGAUAUUUUUUCAUUUUAGUUAGUUUCAUUUGGAAUUUAUUCAGCCAUCUUCCACUGGUUUUAUCACAGUACAGAAUUCUGUUUCCAAAUCUCUUGCCUCAAGCUUUGUUUGAACUGCAUAGAUUUGUUACGCUUCCUGAUAAGCAAGACUGCUAUUCCAGGUAUUUAGUGGAAAAUAUGGUUGAAAGUUGUAUUUUGGGAACACAGUUAAGGGACAAUUCACUAGAUCACUAAUAUGAAGUAUGUCUUAUACUUCUGUUGUAUGUGAAAACUAUUCUACUUUCAGGAAUGAUUUUCUGUAAACUUAUUAUCUUCAAAGAUGCGCUCUAGGUAACAAAUUAAGGGGCUGCUAAGAAUUUUAUUUUUAUAUUGCCACCUCUUACUCUUUUUUUUUUUUUUCCCUCUCACUCUGUCCAAGAAAGCAAGAAGUCUAGCAGUGGGAAUGAUAAAGACUGUAUUUAACUGAGUGACUAGCUGACUCUUGUGGGAGAUGUAGUAUGUUGGUCUUGCAAAUAUUUUUUUUCCCCUUGCUAACGUACAAAACACAAAUGUCCUGUAAGCCUGCUUUCUAGAUCUCACUUAAUAGAGGAAUAUUUAGAGCACAGGGAACUGCUUGAAAUGGUAGAACAGCUUCUACAUGCUUUCAGUUAAAUCAUUAUUAAACUGUUAAAAUUAACUCUCUCUCUUUGCCAGAGGGAACAAAGUCUUACUUUAAGAUCUUUCUUGUAGGAUGCUUUAAAUCUGAUGUUUCUGUUUGUCACGAAAAUACUAAUGCUUCCAGUCCCUUACCAUGAUAUCUUUGGUCUUCUCUCAAUUCUGAACUGAUAAAUGUCUGUAAAAUGAAAUAGUCCUGAUUUUCUGAGUGUGCAUUUUUUUUUUUUAACUCUGAAUUCUGUGGCAGAUGACGUUCUGAUUUAUUUUGCAUUGGAUAAUAUGUUAACAAGAAUAAUAUUUGUUGGAA